UCAGAUACAGCAAUAAGAAUAAAUAUGUCAGGCCGUGGCAAAGGUGGAAAGGGUCUUGGAAAAGGCGGCGCUAAGCGUCACCGUAAAGUUCUCCGUGAUAACAUCCAAGGUAUCACCAAGCCAGCUAUCAGGCGUUUGGCUCGCCGCGGCGGUGUCAAGCGAAUCUCCGGUCUUAUCUACGAAGAGACACGUGGUGUGCUCAAGGUCUUCCUGGAGAACGUCAUCCGCGAUGCCGUCACUUACACCGAACACGCCAAGAGGAAGACCGUUACAGCCAUGGACGUGGUGUAUGCUCUGAAGAGACAGGGACGUACACUGUACGGAUUCGGCGGUUAA